AUGCCUGUCACCUUCCUCACUUCCCUUGCUCACUUCGAGUCCGUGAUUAACGGUAACAGACCCGUUAUUGUCGAGUUCUGGGCCGAAUGGUGUGGGGUGUGUCGAUCCAUGUCACCACUCUUCGAGCAACUGGCAGCACAAAACCCAGCGGCGCAGUUUUACCGCCUGGAUAUCGAAGACGUAAGAGAUGUUGCCCUGGCCCUGGGUGUCCGAAACCUGCCAGCAUUUAAGGUAUUCAAAAAGGGUGUCCAGGUGGGCGACCUUAUUGGUGCUGAUCAUUCACAACUCGUACGGUUGGUUAAGAAUAUGUAA